CAAGCACGGCUGUCCGUCGCAGCUUGACACCGAUGCACAACAACCACCACUACGUUACACAUUGCACGCAGCUUUUUUCCUUGCACUUUUAUUACGGUGGCCGGCCUUUUGCCAUUGAAGACAGCGCCGCACCGCAGCAGCUCCAUCAAUAAAACCCGCCCUGUCCUGUCCUGUCCUCACACUCACUCAUCACACUCCACCACCACCACCCCCAUCCAUCAGACAAGAGAGAGAGAGAGCGUCUGCAGUCUGCAGCCUGCAGCAGCCAUGGCCAAGGAGGUGAGCGAGGAGCCGGAGCACGCCGCGCCGGCGCGCAAGGACUACUCGGACCCGCCGCCGGCGCCGCUGUUCGACAUGGGGGAGCUCCGGAUGUGGUCCUUCUACCGGGCGCUCAUCGCCGAGUUCGUCGCCACGCUGCUCUUCCUCUACAUCACCGUCGCCACCGUCAUCGGCUACAAGGUGCAGUCGGCGGCCGACCCGUGCGCCGGCGUCGGGGUGCUCGGCAUCGCCUGGGCCUUCGGCGGCAUGAUCUUCGUCCUAGUCUACUGCACCGCCGGCAUCUCGGGCGGCCACAUCAACCCGGCCGUCACCUUCGGCCUCCUCCUCGCGCGCAAGGUGUCGCUGCUGCGCGCCGUCAUGUACAUCGUGGCGCAGUGCGCCGGCGGCAUCGUGGGCGCCGGCAUCGUCAAGGGCAUCAUGAAGGACGCGUACCAGGCCAACGGCGGCGGCGCCAACAUGGUCGCCUCGGGCUUCUCCCGAGGCACCGCGCUGGGGGCAGAGAUCGUCGGCACCUUCGUCCUCGUCUACACCGUCUUCUCCGCCACCGACCCCAAGCGCAGCGCCCGCGACUCCCACGUCCCCGUGCUGGCGCCGCUCCCCAUCGGCUUCGCCGUCUUCAUGGUGCACCUCGCCACCAUCCCCAUCACCGGCACCGGCAUCAACCCCGCCAGGAGCCUCGGCGCCGCGGUCAUCUACAACAAGAAGGCCGCAUGGGACAACCACUGGAUCUUCUGGGUCGGCCCGUUCGUCGGAGCGCUGGCGGCGGCGGCGUACCACCAGUACAUCCUCCGGGCGGCGGCCAUCAAGGCGCUCGGCUCCUUCCGGAGCAGCCGGAGCAACUGAGCACGCCGGCCAAUAAUUUAAUGCAACGGUGGCAGUACUGCUCCUCGUGUCCAUCCGGCGCUAGCUAUCCACACAAACGGACGGGCUUCGUGUUGGCAGUACUGCUCCUCCAUCGUGCCCAUCCGGCCUCGUUCAGUGUCUGUGCAUGCAUGUGAGUGAGAGAGAGAGAGAGAGGCCACCAUGGAUCGCCGUUUUCACUCUUCAGUUAUUACUCCUUGUCGCCCUUAAUGUUGUCGAAUUACUAUAUUAGCUGUUACCGUUAGUGUUGGUGUUGGAUUGAACCUGUAAAACCGCUGUGAGUGACAAGUGCUGCAAUUUGGAGCAUGAAUUAUUAAUUUAUUGUGUGAUGCA